AUGCCUCUCUUCUUAACCAUGGUGUUGAUCCUGCAGCUGGCUCUGUCGCUGGCUCUCUGCCCCACCUGCAAGGGCCCCGUGGGGCAUGGGGUCCCGGUCGGGAACGGAGCCCCCGUAGUGCCCCUACCCCCCAGGCCGCAGCGGCCCCGGCCCCCCGGGGGCAGCCAGACGGCCCUGGCCAGGGGCGAGGCGUGUGGCGUCUACUCGCUGGGCUCCUGCCCCAGAGGGCUGAGGUGUCUCCCCAUGGCGGGCGAGGCCCGGCCCCUCCAGGCCCUGCUGGAGGGUAGGGGUGUGUGCAGCGAGAGCAACCCCACCACCAGGAUCCACUCUGCAGACCUGGCCCCGAACGAUCCGCCAGAGUCCACUCCGUGUCGUAAACUGCUCCUCACGGUGCUGAGAGGGCUGGAAGGCCAACUGUUCCAGUCCCUCUACGACCUCUACAUCCCCAACUGCGACAAACGGGGUUUCUUCAAGAAGAAGCAGUGUCGCUCCUCUAAAGGCUUGGGCCAGCGGGCCAGCUGUUGGAGUGUGGAUGAGAGCGGAGCGUCCGUCACGCCCCCAAGCGCCAGCCCCGUCAGCGAGGCCUGA